GCGUCUGAGUUACCAGACUUGCUCCCUGUUUACUACAGGCGCCUCUUUCCGUAUCCUCAGUACUUCAGGUGGUUGAGUUAUGGCGGUGGAUGUGGGCAUCACUGUCAAAGCCAACAUUUAGUACCCAUCCCUGAUUGCCCUCGAAGGAAAUGUCCCUAAGAACUACUUCCAGAAUCGAGAAUUCUCCUUCACCUUGAAAGAUGACAUCUACGUACGUUACCAGUCCUUUAAUAAUCAGAAUGAAUUGGAGAAAGAAAUGCAGAAAAUGGUCCCUUCCAAGAUCGACAUUGGAGCUGUCUAUUCUCACAAGCCUAGUCAACAUAAUUCUGUGAAGUCAGGAGCCUUCCAGGCAGAAAGUAAAGAGUUGGUCUUUGAUAUUGAUAUGACAGAUUAUGAUGAUGUCCGAACCUGCUGCAGCUCUGCAGACAUUUGCCGUAACUGUUGGACACUGAUGACUAUGGCUAUCAAGAUUCUGGAUAGAGCAUUAGCUGAAGACUUUGGGUUUCUGCAUCGCCUUUGGGUGUAUUCUGGUCGAAGAGGAGUGCACUGCUGGGUCUGUGAUGAAAAUGCACGGAAACUUUCCCAGGCAGCUCGGUCAGCUGUAGCAGAGUACCUGAGUGUGGUUAAGGGUGGGAAUGAUACCAUCAAGAAAGUUCAUCUGACUGUUCCCAUUCAUCCUUCUAUUGAGGAAGCUCUCAAUGUGAUUGAUAGUUAUUUUGAAGACUAUGCCGUGAAUAAACAAAAUCUCUUUGACACUAAAGAAACUUGGCAGAAGGUCCUCGCUUUGGUCCCUGAUGAGUUUCGAGACAGGCUGCAAAAGGAUUUUAUAAAAGCACGAAAUUCAGCUGAGCGCUGGAAAUUGUUACAACACAAUUUGCCCAGACGUCCAAAAGACUGUCACAUGGAAGAGAUAAAGCUGCAGUACUGCUAUCCUCGCCUGGAUGUGAACGUUAGUAAAAGUAUCAACCAUCUGCUGAAAAGCCCUUUCUCUGUCCAUCCAAAAACAGGCCGCAUUUCGGUGCCCAUUGAUGUGAAGAAUGUGGAUAAGUUUGAUCCCUUUCAUGUGCCCACAAUAAGUUCACUUUGCAAGGAACUUGAUCAAAAAAUUGAGGAAGAGCGAGUGAAUGCAAGCAUUGAGAAUGGUGGGGAACCAGAGGUGAAGCGACGCACCAGAGAUUACAAGAAGACGAGUCUCCUGGGCCCUAUCAAGAUUUUUGAGCAAUUCAUAGACGAGAUGGAGAAGUCACGAAAGGGUUUGCUGCUGGAACAGAGUGAUAAAGAAAGAGAUUUUUGAUCAUAACAAAAUACCUUCUUCAAAGUUGAUGCCACCUUAAAUCCUGUUUCAAGACCAUCAUAUCACAAGACCUGGAGACUGUGAUCGCCUUCCAUCUUGCCUUCUGCACUUUGCUUCUGUAACUGUAAUAAAUGUUUAAGUUUUUCAGUAUUAAACAAAAUACUUUUCAUCAACUCUGAAGGGCCUUCAGCUGACGUGGCAAAUAGAACAAUUGAAAUCUACAAAUACUAUGGCCCUUUUGUA